CCACUACUGCUGAUUAGUGGCUGUUUCGCGGGUCGACUCCUCCGGAUUCUUCAGAUGAGUGCCAGAGCUCAGAGGAGACGGAACGGAACGGAUCGGAUCAGAUCAGCAAGCCAACCAGCACCGAAAUAAAAACGAAUUUGCACUUGACCGGCGGAACUAUGUGGCGAGUGAUUCAAAAGCGCGCAACAAUCGCGCAUCCGUUCGUCAGGGAGCGCCAUAGCCGCGUGAUUGCCAUUCGUCGCGAGGAUCAAUCAGUUUGGGAAAGACGAGCUCCUUUCGGGCCCACCCACGUCCAGAAGCUGGUGAAACAGAAUGUGAAAGUCAUUGUCCAGCCCUCCAACCGUAGGGCAUAUCCUAUGCAGGCCUAUAUGCAAGCUGGUGCUCACAUUCAGGAGGACAUCAGCGAUGCCUCUGUGAUCUUUGGAGUUAAGCAGGUGCCCAUUGAUGCCCUCAUUCCUGGCAAGACCUACUGCUUCUUUUCGCACACCAUUAAGGCCCAGGAAUCCAAUAUGCCCUUAUUGGAUGCCAUUCUGGAAAAGAAAAUCCGUCUCAUCGACUACGAGAGGAUUAUAGAUGAGCGUGGUGCUCGGCAGGUGGCCUUUGGGAAAUACGCUGGAGUGGCUGGCAUGGUCAACAUCCUGCACGGUAUCGGCUUACGCCUCCUGGCCUUGGGACACCACACACCCUUCAUGCAUAUUGGACCCGCCCAUAACUACCGAAACUCGUCAAUGGCCCGGCAGGCCAUCCGAGACUGUGGCUACGAGAUUUCCUUGGGAAUGAUGCCCAAAUCCAUUGGCCCGCUCACCUUUGUGUUCACCGGCUCUGGAAACGUCUCGCAAGGAGCCCAAGAAGUGUUCUCCGAGCUGCCCAUCGAGUAUGUGCCGCCGGAGAUGCUGCGCAAGGUGGCUGAACAUGGAAAUCAAAAUAAAUUAUAUGGUUGCGAGGUGAGCCGAUCCGAUCAUCUGGAGCGUCGGGAGGGCGGUGGAUUUGAUGCCAAGGAGUACGAUGAGUUCCCGGAGCGCUAUAUCUCCACAUUCAGUACCAAGAUUGCUCCUUAUGCCUCCGUGAUUGUCAAUGGCAUUUAUUGGGCGGUCGGCAGUCCCAAGCUGAUCAGCAUCCCGGAUGCCAAAAACCUACUCCGUCCCGCCAACACUCCAUGGCUGCCCACGAGCAAAGGAAGCCCAGCCCUGCCGCAUCGCAUGUUGGCCAUAUGUGAUAUCUCCGCCGAUCCCGGCGGCUCCAUUGAGUUCAUGAACGAGUGCACCACCAUCGACACACCUUUCUGUCUGUACGAUGCGGACAGGAACAAGGACACCAAGAGCUUCAAGGGUCCGGGUGUGCUGGUCUGCUCCAUUGACAACAUGCCCACCCAGUUGCCGCGAGAGGCCACCGACCUGUUUGGAGAGCUGCUAACGCCCCACGUCCACGACAUCAUCAAGAGUGAUGCCAAGAAGCCGUUGGCGGACGAAGAUUUCUCGUUCCCUAUUCAGUCGGCCAUUAUCGCCAGCAACGGUCAGCUGACUGAGGGCUUCCAGUACAUCCAGGAGCUGCGGGAUGGUCAGAGCCAUCGGUCGCGUCACAAGAUGGAGGGCAGGUCCGAGGCAAGCAAAAAGGUUCUGGUACUGGGGGCCGGCAUGGUGUCGGCACCGCUGGUGGAGUGGCUGCACAGGGAGAGGGAUGUCAGCAUCACGGUGUGCUCGCAAGUCAAGGAGGAGGCCGAUCGGUUGGCCCAGCAAUACGCCGGCGUCGAUGGCGUCUACUUGGAUGUGAACGAGAGUACGGGGCAUCUGCAGGAGCUGUGCGGAGGAGCUGAUGUGGUGGUUUCCUUGCUUCCCUACAGCCUCCACGGCAUGGUGGCCCGCUACUGUGUCGACGAGGGAACCCACAUGGUCACAGCUAGUUACCUCAACGACGAGAUCUCCGCCCUACACGACGAGGCCAAGGCCAAGGGAGUGACCAUCAUGAAUGAGGUGGGAUUGGACCCGGGCAUUGACCACUUGCUGGCCCUCGAGUGCAUUCAUGAGGUCCAGGAUAAGGGAGGAGUCAUUGAGUCCUUUGUCAGCUAUUGCGGCGGUCUUCCCGCUCCGGAACACUCCAACAACGCCUUGAGAUACAAGUUCUCGUGGUCCCCGCGGGGAGUACUCCUGAACACACUCUCGGCUGCCAAGUAUCUGAGCCAGGGACAAAUUGUGGAAAUUUCAGGAGGCGGAGAGCUGAUGUCCUGCAAUCGCAGUCUCGAUUUCCUGCCAGGAUUUGCCUUGGAAGGCUUCCCCAACAGGGACUCCACUAAGUACGGUUCUCUGUACGGCUUAGGCCGGGAUGUUCACACUCUGCUGCGCGGCACUAUACGCUACAAGGGAUUCACCGAAUCCAUUAAACCUAUGCAGCUCCUUGGCUUGAUCGAUGCAGAGCCCCAUGCCCUGCUCCAUCCCAGCGGACCGGAUGUAACGUGGCGUCAGUUGGUCAUCCAUCUUCUGGGAAUGUCCGAUGCAAGCAUAUUCUAUGAGAACUUGAAGCAGAAGCUGGUCGAGCGAAUUGGCGAUGUUGAGGGCAUUGAAAGCUUGGGCCUGCUGGAGGACACUCCCGUGGUGAAGCUGAACACUCCUCUUGACACUCUCAGUCACUAUCUGUCCAAGAGGCUGGCCUUUGAACGCGAUGAACGUGACUUGGUGGUUCUGCGACACGAGGUGGGCAUCCGCUGGCCCGAUGGUCGUCGGGAGGAGCGUGGCAUUAACUUUGUGGUCUACGGCCAGCCCCAGGGACACUCCGCCAUGGCGAUGACCGUGGGCAAGCCCGCUGCCAUUGCUGCCAAAAUGAUCUUAGAUGGAGAGAUCCAGGAACGCGGUGUCCUGCUGCCCUUCACCCCCGACAUAUAUCGUCCCAUGCUGCAGCGUCUGCGCUCCGAGGGUCUGACUGCCACGGAGACCUCCAGAUGGUUGAACUAAGUAGUCUGAGUAGUCCGAGAUCCCCACCCCAUCCUAUAGGCUUAAGUCAUCAUUCACCGACUCUGACAUGCGAUUUUUUCGCUAGGUGUUCGAUAAGACAGUCAUUAAUCUUAAUACCGAAAUAAGUUUUAUGACUAGAGCUACUUGAAGUGCGUAAACAAGUUGAAGUUGGUGCCGAAAUUGUGAAAUGAAUUAAUUAUAAAACUGACUGGCAAAGUUUUCAUUAAAAUAAAGAUAUAUUACGAACGA